GAGCGCAUGCGUGGGUGUAAGAGGCUUGUCUAGUCUCCGUGGUGAGGAAUAUUUGUGUCGCUGGAGGAAGAAGUAGCACAGACCGACGGAAGGCGGGCGUGGGAGGAGCUGCCGCCGCUGCCGCCUGUCCGGGGCCUUAGGAAGGAGUUGGCUGAAGUGGGCACCUGAGGCCAAAGCCUUGGAAUGAGGAGGCGGCGGCGGCGGAGGAGGAGGUGGAGGCGGCUGCUGCUGUGAGGGAGGGAAGAAAAGAAAGGAAACGGGGGAGGAAAGACGGAGCGAAAGAGAAGAGGGGGGGCGACCGAGUGACGGCGCGCACAUCCCAAGGCGCUGCCGGCGCUGUCCCGCUCCCCCGGGCCGCCAAAAUGGAUGAACAGGAGGCCUUGAAUUCUAUCAUGAAGGACUUGGUUGCACUCAAGAUGAGCCGGCGUCCCAGAUUGUCUGGUUUUGAUAGCAUGAAGACCAAAGACUCUCCACAUUCACACAGACAGAAAAAACACAAUACCAGCAACUCAGCUGUUCUGGGCAACCAGUGUGCUCGUGCAGCGGAGGACAAAAAGGCUCAGAAUGACAUCCGGAUAAAGUUUGAAUAUAAUGGGGAAAGGCGAAUUAUCCCUUUCACCCGGCCCGUUCGCUAUGAAGAUGUGCAGCAGAAAGUGAAAACAGCUUUUGGGCAGCCGCUAGAUCUCUAUUACCUGAAUAAUGAGUUAACUAUUCCUUUGAAAAGUCAAGAUGACCUUGAUAAGGCAAUAGAUCUUUUAGAUCGAAGUGCAAAUGUGAAAAGCCUUAGAAUAUUACUGCUUUCUCAGGACAGAAACCAUACUAGUUCAUCAUCCCAUUCUGGGAUGCCAAAGCAAGUCAGAAUCAAAACUUCGCAAUCAAUGGGAGAUGUGAACGCUGCCUACCAGCCACCUGAAACCAGAAGCAGGCACCUGUCCAUCAGUUCUCAGAAUACAGGCCGAAGUUCGCCACCUCCAGGGUAUGUCCCAGAGAGACAACAACGAAUCGCUCGUCAGGGGUCUUACACGAGCAUCAACAGUGAAGGGGAAUUCAUCCCAGAGACCAGCGAACAAUGUAUGUUGGAUCCUUUAAGCAGUGCUGAAAACUCUAUAUCUGGCAGUUGUCAGUCAUUGGACCAGUCAGGAGACAGCCUCUCCUUUCGAAAAUCCUGCAUGUCCAGGGCUCAGAGUUUCCCAGAUAAUAGGCAAGAGUUCUCAGAUCGUGAGAAUCAAAUAUUUGACAAAGCAGAGAAAGGUGGGACGUACCCUCGGCGUUACCAUGUCUCCAUGCAGCUCAAAGAUUAUAGUGAUGGACGGAGGACGUUUCCACGUAUUCGACAUCACCAGGGCAACCUCUUCACACUAGUGCCAUCUAACCGCUCGUUGAGCACCAAUGGGGAGAACCUUGGCCUGACAGUGCAGUAUCUAGACCCUCGUGGGCGCUUGCGGAGUGCUGACAGUGAGAAUGCUCUCACUGUGCAAGAGAGGAACAUUCCAACCAAAUCUCCAAGUGCUCCAGUCAAUUGGCGACGAGGUAAACUCUUAGGACAAGGUGCCUUUGGCCGUGUGUACUUGUGCUACGAUGUGGAUACAGGCAGAGAACUUGCAGCUAAGCAGGUCCAGUUUGACCCAGACAGUCCUGAAACAAGCAAGGAAGUGAGUGCUUUGGAGUGUGAGAUUCAGUUGUUGAAGAAUCUUCAGCAUGAGCGCAUUGUCCAGUAUUAUGGAUGCUUGAGGGACCGAGCAGAGAAGACCCUGAGCAUAUUCAUGGAGUACAUGCCAGGGGGUUCUGUCAAAGACCAGCUGAAGGCUUAUGGUGCACUGACGGAAAAUGUGACACGGAAGUACACUCGGCAGAUUCUUGAAGGAGUCUGUUACCUCCACAGCAACAUGAUUGUACACAGGGAUAUAAAGGGAGCUAAUAUUCUCCGGGACUCUGCUGGCAAUGUGAAGCUUGGGGACUUUGGGGCUAGCAAGCGGCUGCAGACGAUCUCCAUGUCUGGGACCGGCAUCCGUUCUGUCACUGGCACUCCCUAUUGGAUGAGUCCGGAGGUGAUCAGCGGGGAAGGUUAUGGAAGAAAAGCAGAUGUCUGGAGCCUUGCCUGUACUGUGGUGGAGAUGUUAACAGAGAAGCCACCCUGGGCAGAAUAUGAAGCCAUGGCAGCCAUUUUCAAGAUUGCCACACAGCCAACUAACCCACAGCUCCCUUCCCACAUUUCAGAAAGUUGCCGAGACUUUCUAAAGCGGAUCUUUAUAGAAGCCAGGCAGAGACCCUCCGCUGAAGAGCUGCUGCGGCAUCACUUUGCACAGCUCCCAUACUGAAUUACUACCCUUACCCCUGAAACAGCACUUCUUCCUCAGCUUUCAACAUCUUUCUUUUUUGAAGAUGCUGUGCUGUGGCCCUUAUGAGAGUAACAGCUCCAGAUGCUGGCACUGGUGUCCUAUUUGCCUAGAAAGGCAGUGUUUGAGGAGCAAAGCAGAGACAUCAGCUGCUCCUAUUUGGUUAUCUUCUUUUUGGAUUGAUGCUUCUAGUAGCUGUGCAAUCUACAUCUGCAUCUCUGUUCUUCUCUGUGCUGUCAUGGAAUGUUUGAUGGCAUGCUCAUCAGCGAUGGCACAUGAGCUGGGAGCGAUCUCACUUGAAUGUAGCUGUGCAUCAGAAGUUGGUCCAAAGGCGAAGAGGAUGAAUCAGAACUUGUGAUAAGCUGCUAAAAGCUACAAAAGUGUGUUGGCUAGCGUUCGUUUCACAGGUCCACGUGACCUUAUCAAGUCAAGUGCCACGAGAACAUGGACUCAGUUAUUAUAUAUAAUUAUUAUAUAUUUUUCUUAAGUAUUCAGCAUCUGAAAGUGUUCAGAAAAUAUUGAUUUAGAAGAAUAUGUGAAUAGUGUUUUUAUGACAAACCCAAGGAGCUGGAGGCAGGUUCUACUUUUUUUCUCCUUUUAUCCCCCUCCUGUCCACAUUUCUGGAUGAUGAGAAAGGGAGUUCCAAUGGAACAUAAGCACAGUGAGGGCCUGCACAAUAAAAGGUCCCCGAGUGAGGGAAUCAAGCUUCAUUUUGACAGAGCUGUCUGAAGGUGCAAUUCAGGGCUGUGCAUCCUGUGUCUAUGCAAUAACUGUGUGCUAACACAGAAUUUAGUAUCUGGCACAAAAAAUCAGCACCCUGAGACUCAAUGCAUCUAACAUUUAUUUAUUUUAACUUAAUUUUUUCAAAGCAAGUUUCUAGUCUUCAUGACUCCAGAGAAACUAUAAAUGCAGAAACUUUGGGAAGUUCCUGGUGACUUCUUAGAAGCCAGAGGGAGCUGAACAGGACACAUGGGGUUUGUGAUUAGUGCCCCUUCCACAAAUAACAAAAGCCAAAUAAAUGAUGAAAAACAAGUAUAUGGAAUUUUACUUUAUUUGCAUAAUUUAUUCAGAUCAUAGAACAUGUCAUUUUUAUGGAUUAUUUUAGCACAAAUGCUGGAUAUAGAGAGGGAUUAUUGUGUGUGUGGAUAGCUACUGCUUGGAGUUGAUGAUACAGCUCCCUGCAUUGGAGUUUCAUACAACUGGCCUUUAUGCCACAGUUAUAGCUACAGCUUUCCUAUGAAAACACCCUGACUGGCAUCCUUCUGAGCCUCAGAAUCUUCUAUAUGUUCAUUAGAUAGCUUCUUCCAUCCAAGAUUCUUCUGCAGAACAGCCACUGGUGCCAUACUCAAGUUUUUGCCAGUCUUUCUAACCAAAGAUUAUUCAAGUACUGCCAAGAUCUUAUUUCAGGAAAAAAUAAAGCACUGCUGCUAAGCCUAGAUGGAGGACUUUCAGCAUUCCAUACUGAGGAGGGACAUCUUCAGGCACAUGUAGAAAAAAGGGGGUUUUGCCUUGCUUGCCUAAUUAAUUGUUUUGAGAUUUCCAUGUGAUCUUAGGUAACAUUUUUAUAAAUGGAAACACAACUGAGCAAUACAGGUGUAUGAGAUAUAUAUGCAAAACCUCUAGUUAUGACAAUGUUUUCAUACAGUCAUAUACCCUUGCAGUUGUGCAACAUGAGGACAAGGUCUACUGAUUUCAAAUGUUGUAUUAUCUGUUAGCUAGGAAUCCUGGGGAUUUUAAAAGGGGCAUUCAUGACAAAUUAAUUACAGGAAGUCUGAGAAGUAUCCUUAAUGAAAGACCUUUGUUUUUCAGAUGUUUAGUUGCCAAGAGAAAUAUUCUUGUUUAUCUUAUAAAACUUUGGUAUUAGAACCAGGUAUACUCAGACAGGGCUGUAAGAUAAGCACCUCACAUUCCAGAAAUUUUAGUUUCAAAAAUUUACUUACUAGAUAACUGAACAAUUUAACCUUUUGUAUUGUGCUGCAAAAAUAAUGUGGACUUCCAUUAUGUAAUGUUUCCAUUGCUUGUUCUUGGCCUUGAAAAUGCAGUUUAUUCAUCCUUGUCCCAAUCAAGAUUCCUUUAACAGGCACCUUUACAACAACUUAAGGUAGUCAGCUGUUUUCACCUGUGCAAAGUUGAGGUUUGCGCCCAUCUCUCAGCUUUGUAAAUGUUUACUUAAAUCACAAGAUGGCAACCUACCAGGCUGACAUGUUGGUAACAGGCAGGCCCAGGCAAUGCUUCCAAUGGAUCGGCAGUAGCAUAUUUUUGAAGCAGAAUGUAGUCAGUAUGUAAAUAAAAUGUAACAAAAAUAAGAGUUCCUUCUCCCUCCCUUGUAAGAGUGGCAAGGUGCAACAUGGCUACUCUGAUCUGCUUAAGCCUUCCAGAAUGCUACUUUAAGAAUGGAUCUGUUUUCUGAUGCGGAAUCCAGGGUUUGAGAAAAUAAUGUGAUUUGUUCAUUUCAAAUUAAUGAAACUUUAGUGAUUUUUUUCUUUAUCUCACCUGCCAACAUGUUUGUUGGACUUGAAGAUAAAAAAGGCCUGAAGGUUUUGUCACGAAACAUAACCGUACUCUUAUCAAAACAACUGUUGUCUGUGUGUCCUGUGACUCAGCAUAGGCCCAACAGCAGAGUUCCUUCCUCCACCUGUCUCCAAGAAUGUGAUAUGUUGGCUUGAUUCCUCCUUUGUAUGAUACUCUCCAAUUCAUGGACCCAGAGCCGCUGAUUCAGCAUAUGAAAUAAGCCAAAGCAUUCUUGUAUGGUCAGUGAUGCACUUUUACAAAUGUGUUUAUAUCACUCUGUUUGUUACGCUUUUUACAUCAUGUAAACAAAUGGUGAUGCCUCAUACUUUUCUUAUUUAUAUUGUAUUUGUUGAUUUUUUAAAUAGAUAUGUAUAGCAACUGUUAGGGGGGAGGGAGGGAGAAAAUUGACACCUUUUGUGAAUUUUAAAAGCGGGGAGAGAAGCAGCUGGUUUUGCAGAGAAUUUGAUUAUAGUUUUAUAACAAAAUGUGUUAAGCCAAAAUACCUCUUUAUUUCCUCACUUGGGGCUUGGGGCCAGUGGGGAUGUUUGUUUUAUAAAAUGGCAGAAAUGAGAUGUUUUAGGAGCUAUUUGUUGCAGUGGCUUUGUCUCUUCAGAGAUCUAGUUAGGUUUAUUGCAAAUCUGUUAUAACACAGUUGCAGUGUACUUUGUCACCAGUGUAAGUCUUACUGAGGUCACUGGAUGCACAUAUCUAUUUGCAUAACCUUUGCUGAAGGUCUCCAUGGCUGCUAAAUUUCAGCGUGGAUUUUUUUUAAAAAAAACAAGCAAAACGGUUUGCCAUUCUCUGAAGGGUUGUGUGAACUGCAGAACAAGUGCCCGAGAAGGAAGGCAUUUGGCUUGUAGCAUAAGGGUUGUAGAGGUUCUUGAAUUACUACUCAAAGCACUCCAAAAGAACAGAUUUGUCUCAAACAUUACAUCUAAAUCACUUAAGAAAAAUUCUCUUGUAGCUUAUCCUCACUGCUCAACCUUUUCCAGACAUAAAGUACCUUCCUUCUGCAGCAUAACACUUCUUAAUCCGUACAUAUUGUCUCUCAAGCACUUUGUUGGCCUCCUGAGAAUCUCAUGUUGCACUUUGGCUUUCAGUUUCUGGUCUUCAUGGGUGCAAAUGAGAAACAAAACAGGUUGCUAAAGGAUAAAUUGCAAUUUUCCCCAGAUGGAAUUGUAACCAUGGGUGAGGAAACAAAAAAAAAAUGUGUUUUGGGCUUGGCACAAUGAUUCUGUAUCCUCCAGGUUCACCUUCUAGUGUUCUGUUAAGCAAGACUAUUCUUUCUUGGUUACUGUGGGAGGGAAUGAUUCAUAUAUGUAUUAAAGGUGCUUUUUGCAUUGAAGGAACUGCUACAUGUGUGGUGUGGGGCUGAUUUAAUAUCUGGUUUCAAGGAAAAGUUUCAAACAAAAGGAUUAAAAAAACACCGAUAAGGAGAGAUCCCACUGAGUUUGGUAGCCUCUAUUACACUCCAACCCUAAGCACUUAAGAGGAAGCCCCACUGACUUCAACAGAGCUUGCUUCCACCAAGAUUGCUGAUGUUACAACACAAUAAUAGCAUGAUUGUAAAAUUGCCAUGUGGAGACUAUUUAGAAGUCUGGGAAAUAAAACCUGCAGUCUACUGAUCUGCAAGCCAGAAUAACCUCUAUUGAUUUAAAUGGUCUACUCUGGAGCAAGUGGUUUGAUUUAUUGAAACUUAAAGGGGGAACCUUUCUAGUAUUUGUAACAAGUGGACCAUGUGUGUCUCAUAAGAUAGUGGAAGCAUUGUGAAGUUUAUCAACUGAACCUGGAGUGUACAGAAGACCUUGAACCACUUGUGUCUUUGUUUUUAUAAAUAUCUAUACUGACCAGGGCUUGCAGUGCAAAGCCGGGCCAAAGUAUAACUUUUAUUUACAAUAAAAUAACAUUUUCA